AAAAGUGUAUCGUAAAUAAUGAUUAUUAAUAAUAAUAUGCCGCAACCACAAUAUCAGUUAAGGGCGGUUUCAACUAGCAAAACAGAGUUCUAGUUGGUAAAUAAUUCAUAGCCCAAUUAUUUUCGUAGAAACGACUGUACAAAAGCUCACUUGAAUACAAAUACAAUGUAAAUAAUUCUUGAUUUAAAAUGUGGAGUGAAAAUAUUAUAGAUGUCUUAAAACAUGUGUGGUUCUUGUCUAAGUUAUUCCUCCUAUGUCCGAGAUCAAUAGACGAGAAAAUAAAAUGUCAAGAACGCCGCACUUUUUACAAAAUAUACAAGUACAUAUACAACAUUGUAGCUGUUUUCCUAACAAGUUACAUGGCUUAUAUUACAACAAAUUUGCGAAUUACACAAAAAUUGAGUAUUGUCACGCAGCUUGCCGAUUUAAUAUUUAGUGCAAGUAUAAAUGCUUCAGGUGUGGCAACGGUGUUUUUUUGUUUGUUUUACCAAAACAGGCUUAUUGAAGUUAUAAAUAAAUUGGAUAAAUUAGACAACAAGUUAAAGCACAUGCUAAUAUGGAAGUCAUAUAAACAUACACAAAUUUUCAUCACGUGUGAAUUAUUUUUCUUGAUUUUGAUAUGGAUCUCAUUUUUUCUAAACUUCAUGUUGCAUUGCAAUAACACGACGUGGAGAUGUUUAUACAGAUGGAUUGUGCUGUACACUUUAUCCAAAAUGUCACAAGUUAUGCUAAUCCAGUUUUGCGCGUUUGUUGUUGUCUUGAAGCAGAAGUUUUGUAUUGUCAAUCAAUAUAUAAAACAAGGCUGCAAACUCAACAAUGGACACUACAAGAACUUUUUGAACCAAGUGCAAAUCAUUCACAAUGAAAUAAUUGUUACUCAUAAUGAGAUUCAAACGAUAUAUUCGGUUCCUUUGUUGAUGAAAAUAGCAAGUCAGUUCAUAGGCAUUUUUUGUUCUUUGUAUUUUUGCAUCUUUGGGUAUAUAUACGAUGACGAAAUGGUCAUUCCUCAAAAUUUUCACGAUAUUUUUCUGCCACUAAUUUGUAUACUUACAAAUGCGCUCGAAAUUUUAGUAACAGUAACAGUAUGUGAACUAACGGUUUUGGAAUACAGAAGAAUCAAAAAGUUGCUGUAUAGGAUACCAAUCAGUAAAACCGAUUCAAUUCUGAUAAGAAAUAUUAACUUAUUCUCUUUACAACUGGCACAUCAAAAACUCGAAUUUAGUGCUUGCGGUUUCUUUCUAAUUAAUGGAACACUUUUACACACAAUUGUGGGAGCAGUCACGGUUUAUUUAAUUAUGUUUAUCCAAUUCGACAUAGCAACUGCAACUAAAGAUAAAUAAAUAAAUUAAAUUAUUCAGUCAAGACGAUUAAUAUUUCUUUAUUUUUACUCAUUUAAAGUAUAAAUUUAGAACUAAUAUUCGUCAAAUUUCU